GCAGGAAAAGCUGUUUUUAAUUAUUGCUAGCUUGCUGCUGGUGUAGAGCCUAGCUAGGGGAGAGAAACCGUUGGAGAAUGUAGAAUACGUUUGACAAAAAAGAAGUAAAGUUUAGGAUUGAUAAACAUCUGGCAACGUUGAAGAAAGAAACUGAACAGGUAUCACCAGCAACUUGGCAACAUCUCUUCUCUCCCCUGGCUCUCAAGUGUUUAGUGACACCGGCCAAUUGAUCAUAUCUUAAAGACACCCAGUGCCUCUCUACCUGAUAGAUCACUUAUUUUCCCCGCAUUUGCUGAAAACUAACACCAGCAGGACAAAAGAAACAACAGUUUUUCAACAUUUGAGCAAAGUCAAAUACACCGCAGCUACCAAAGUUACCUGUUAAUAUUGUAUUACGUCCAAAUCCUAUCCUCUAUCCAAGCUAAACCUCAAACUCUUCAUUCAUCAGCAUUACUCAGUUCUCUCACCAGGUCUGGAUAUAUUAGAAAGUUGUAACACUACUUUGCACCAUUAUGGCCUCCAUUACCCAGUCAUCUGAGCCCGAGAUCCCAGACAACCACAAAGAAAGCUGGCUGGCACUACUUUCUGCUGCAGAAACAUAUUGCCAAAAGUCUGGCUGUGACCUCACCAUACUUACAGCCUGUAAGAAGUUCCGGUCAUCGGGUGGAGGUGAAGAUGGGAUAAAGAAACGGGAGAGCAGCAGUGCCUUUCCUAAGGAGUGUGCUUUCUCCUACAAUGUAUGGGGUCAAGGGUUUCUUGCUGAGUCGGCUCGACGCUACAUGGACGACAUCGGUGUGCUGCACUCCACGACCAUGCUAACAACCCAAAAGCACACACGCCAAGCAGGGAGAGAGGGAAGCACCAAGUUGGUUGUUGACCAGACCUCUGACCCCGGAAACAGAGGGAGCUUUACGGGAGACAGUGGGGUGGGCGGAGUCAGUCCAAACAACAGACUUUAUUCCCAGAGCUAUCCGUCAAUCUACAGCUCAGGAGCUGCGACCGGCCAGGGGGGCGGGCAGAACGACAACGGAGAGAGGGAAUGUGAUAAGUUUGCGAUGGAGGCCGAGCAGGGGAGACAGAGAUCUGGGAUUGAAGAUUUGGAAGAAGAGUGUGAGGAUGAGGAAGAGGAGGAGGACAUGGAUGAGAGGAGACCCUUUGGGCACGAAAGCGCUGGUGUCUUCUCCAUGGAUGAGGACUCUCUUUCCCGGGAAUGCGAGCCGUUCUUUGAGUCUGACGGGGAAGAGGAGAGCACUGAUGGCUCUUUGAGUGAGGAUGCUCCUCCGCCAACGCGUGGCAUGGCCAUGGGUCAGUCUGCAUACUCACACCGUUACACCAACGCCAUGGCUAUGGCCCGCUCGCUGCCCGUCUCCGUGCCUGUGUGGGGCUGCAAAGGAGGCAGAGCUCAAGGAGAAAACAACAGUGGAGAACGGGUGGGCUGUGCUGACCUGGAGCACAUCGCUGCCAGUAUGAAGGCCCUGCUGGCUCCUGGAGCCAAUGAUGGGACAGAAAUGUUUGGAGCCCUGCCUCGGCCCCGUCUCAACACAGGGGACUUCUCCCUCAAACACUAAGAGAGAGUGAGGCGAGUGGAGAGAAAGAGAAAGGGAUAGAGGGGGAGAGAGAGCGAGAUAAAGGUUGUCAUGACGGCCGAAGAUGGGUUGGCUGGCAGAUGUGACGUGCAGUAUGUGAAACAAUGUAAAAGCUAGUACCUCCAUUUACAUAUUUCUCACUAACAAAUUUAAACUGCACAUGCUUUGAGGAAAAUGUUGUUAUUAACACUAACAUUUAAACAUUUCAACACUAUACCCCCACCAACCUCAUCACUACAUGUCACAACACCAGCUACUACGCAACCCUCAACACUACAUUAGACACUAAAACAAUGUGUGUAGUAGUCCAACUGGCAUGGCUAAUUGGUAAUUGUUCAGCACUUGGAACUUGGAAGUUUGCCCUUUGGUAAGUUACCUGCAAAGUGAUAAGAUUUUGGAGAGCAGCAUCUGUGCUGGUUUAUCAUCAACUUUAGUACUACAUGCUAACGCCCUAGCAAACACCAUUUUGAGCUAUAGCCCCAAUAUUAUAAUGUGUAAUAGCUCUUAAGCUUGAUUCUCAAUUUCCUUAUAAGGAUUGUUUGAAACUGGGUUGAAAGUGCUUAUCCAUGCUCAGUGUAUAACCAACGACCACCAGUUUACAAGAACAGAGAGGACUACCAGCACCGGAGUAAAGCAAUGUACUGCUGUGGAGGGGAGCAGCAGCCAAAUGUAGUUUAGAAAUCUUCACAAAAGGCACAUCUAAUGAAAAAAACAAUAUCUGUUUAUGUAUUAUUAAGUGUACACUAUAGUUAGUAGGAACAAUUUUACUUUACUCUUCAAAUCCACCAGACUUAUUGAAAAAAAGGUUUCUACUGGCGUCACAGCAGUUUAUUUCUCUACUUCAGUGCUGGUACUUCUAUCAGUUUCUCGAAACAGGAGCGAUCCGACCCGAUCGCCUUCUACUAAAAGUUUUACACUGAGUAAUACAUCAUUCAAUUCCACUCACAAUCAGAACUAUCCCUUUAAACAAUUUAUGGCUAAGAGAGGGAGUCAGUUAGUUUUCUGAAACAUGAUAUAAAAUCUGUUUAAGGAACAGUUGAACAUCUUACUUUUAUUUCACUCUCUUAUGUCUUUGCUUGAAGUUUGGAGCAAUACUCGAGAGAUGGUAAACUUAACACAGACUGUAAGUGAAAAAAACAAGCUCUAUCUCAAUAGUACACCAGACAAAAACGGUUAAAUUGACUAAUUGGCGUGUUACUUUUAAGUUCCGAAGCAGAAAUCUCAAUUAUCAAGUUAAAAUCUGUAACUAUUCGUUACAGUGUAGUUAUUAGUCUCCCAGCCUAGCCCUAGCUCAUGGCCCUGCUGCAUUAAGCACAGUAUUUACUGGAGUUUAGCAUGAAGGACAAGAGCUGGUGAUCUCCCAGACCCCAUGGAUGUUUUUAGGCAUGCUCCUCUCGUUUAUAGAGUGAGUUAAAGUUGUACACCUCCAAAAAAAACACCAAUCUAUUCCUUUAAAGGGUAGUCUUUUCUUGAAGCUUGUGGCUGUUCAAAAUGUGAGUGGAGGACACAAGUUCCUCCUCAAAACAGGCCUAUUUGUACCUUUUUCUUUUGCCAAUGAAUGACUGACUGAUAGUAUGAUUGUAAAUCAAUACUGAGUUAUAGGUUGUUGUUUUUUUUUGCUCCAGAUAUCUUGUUGAAAUAACCGAGUGAAUGUGUGUGUGUGCGUGUGUGUGUGUUUGAGAAAGAGAGUGCUAAAUGGGUGGAUUUGAAAGGAAAAAAUGUCCAUCUCUGACAUUUCAAAAACAAACAAAUGUUCCGUUAAGUACUUUUAUGUUUCAAAAUAAAGGAGCAACACCGAGUAAAAAAAGA